CCCGACGCGAGGGAAGUAGAGUUGUUUUUGUUGUUGGCGGACAUUUUUGAAUUUCGGCCUGACGUUGGCGGUGGAGGGAACAACGAAACUUGCUGCUGGUAUCCUGCACUGCAAAAAUGAGUCGACGGACAGGCAACAGAUACUCGGAGGUGCCUCUGCGAGUGGCAGGCAAUCGAAUGAGCAUCACCGCCGCCACACCCCAGAGCAAGGACCUCUUGGGCAGAUUAAGUGUGGCAAAAGUUCAGUCUGGAACUUCAGAGCGACGAACAAGCUUUUUCGGAAGUAAUGGGAAUCAGCGGAACAGCUUCUUGGGAACCUAUGGAGGCACUUCUGAGAAGAUCAAAGAUUCCCGUCCCUUACAUGACAAGACCUUCAUAAUGCAAUGCAUCAAACAGCUAUGCGAGUUUUUGUCCGACAAUUCAUUUCCCGGGACCAUUACUGUGAAGGCACUCCAGUCACCCUCCACCAAGGAGUUCUUGAAGAUCUUCGAAUUCGUUAUGAGUUUGCUAGAUUCCUCCUUCCAGAUGCCCACGGCUCGCAUUGAAGAAGAAAUACCAAAAAUCUUCAAAGACAUAGGGUAUCCUUUUGCACUCUCCAAAAGCUCCAUGUACUCUGUGGGCGCACCACAUACAUGGCCCCAAGUACUGGGAGCGCUUGUGUGGCUGAUGGAUUUAGUGAAGCUUUUCAGUCCUAUGCAAGAACAGGACCUUCUGUUCAUGGAUUUCCCUGAUACUGAGGCAUCGGUGGAGGAUGGAGUGGAGUAUAACAAACUCUUCGUGGAUUACACCCGUGAUACCUACUACAAGUACAUGCAGGGCUCAGACACGUUUGAUGAAGAGGAUGGUGAUUACUUGACGUCACUCAAGAGACUUUACAAUGUGGACGAGGAUCACCUGGAGUCUCAGAUGCAGAUGUACCACUCUCUGGCAGAGGAGGUGAACAGGCUGGAGAGGGAGAGCCACAAGGAUCCCCUCAUGAAUAAACGCACAGAGAAGCUGAAAUUGCAGACAGACCUGCAGAAGCUUCAGGAAUACAUUGAGAUGCUGCGCGAUUUCAAACAGAAACAGGAUGCCAAAGGCGCGACUUUGGCUGAAGAAAUUGAGGCGACAACUCUGCAGCGUGACACAUUGCGUCAGGAGCAGGCCCGGCUCCAGACCAUCCUGCAGAACCAGAAGUUUAAACCAGCCGACAUCGAGCGCAUCAACCAGGAGCGCAACGAGCUGCAGCAGCAGGUGGACAGCAUGAGCCGGCGCCUGGAGGAGACCGAGCAGCAGCUGUGGGCCGAGGAGAUCGCACUCUCCAAGGCCAAGGAGGAGACGGAUAAGGAGCUGGCUGAGUACCACAAGCUGGCCCGCAAGCUGAAGCUGAUUCCCCAGUCGGCCCCCAACUCCUUUGGACACGACUUUGAGAUCAAAAGCUGCCGCGAGUUUUCAAGGGAGUCUAUCGGCGAGUGGAAAACCCGGAUUGAGACUCCUUUAAGAAACAUGAUUCUGGAGGUUGAGGAUGAGUUUUUGACGCUUACCAACAAAAAGCUCAGCCUACAAGAGUCUUUGGAGCAGAAACGCUUCAACCUGAUGGAGAAGUCCAAAGAUGUGAAGCAGCUGAAGGAUCAGAUCAAGAGGCUGGACGAACAGCUGGAGCACGAUGAGCAGGAAAUGGCGUGUGAGGAGGAGCGGUGGGCAGCGGAGAUUGGCCAAGCAGAGAGCCACAAGAAGCUGCUGGAGAAGAACGUGAUGGAGGGAUACGACGAGGCCAUGGAGCAGCUCAAAGCAGCACAGCAGCAGUACCAUCUGGUGCUGCAGGAGACCAAAGAGAAGAAGCGCUCCGUCGUCAAAAAUCUCACCGGCAUCAUGUCUGCAGCUGUCAGCCACUUGUCAAUCAUUGAGAAACAAAUCAAGGAUGCUGCAGAGCGAGCGCGUCGUGUCCACAACAAGGACACCCAGCAGCAGACCAUGGCUGAGCUGAAACAGCUGGAGGCGGCCGUUACGGAGUACAAGGAGAAAGUCAAACUCUACUGCAGCCAAGCCCAGAAAUACCUCAAGUAAAUGGGGCUCAACUCGGAUCAUUCGAAGUUGUUAAUAACAAUAUAUAUUUAUAGUAAAUAUUGUUAUAUAGUAAUAACAAUAAUGACUUAACAUUGUAGAUUUUAUCAUUCUCUUUCUGAUUGUUUAAAAAAUGUCCUUUGUUGUUUUUUUUUCUGUGAAUGUUCUGUUUUGUCGUUUCAGUGUUUUUCUAAUGUCCUAUUAAAGUUUUUACAUUGAUAAUAUAAAAACAUGUCUUUACUAUUAGUAAUAGUAGCUAGCAGCCGCAGUAGUAUUGACAGACAUCUCACUGUCUUUCCCUUUUGUCCCUUAUUGCCUUAUGGUGAACUGAACCAAAUGCACUAAAAUCUGUACACCUGUGGUCUACUAUCAUAAGCACAAGGGCUGUGUAUGUAUUGUAAUUAUUACUAAAUCUCCCACAUGUUUUAUGUUCUGCAUGUUGUUCAGUUGUGUGUUAGGUGUAGGUGUUCCUCAAAUAUUUGUUACGCCACUGCAGUCAUUGAAUAAAUCAACUGAGUACUUACUGUUCAUCA